ACGUCAAAUCGAUCGAAUGAACAAUGAGAAAAAGAAGACGAAAUAAAAAAUUUCGUGACAUCGCCCAUCGGCAUAUGAUCGGUAUCGGCAUAUGUCAUCAUCGUCAUUAGUGUUUCCACAAAAGAAAAGUUUUUUUACGAUAAAAUAAGCCAUUGAAAUUGAAGAUGAGCAGUGAUUUCGUAUGGGCAAUUAAAAACGGCGAUCUGGAACAAGUAAAAGAUAUAAUAGAAAAAAAGGCUGUAAAUGUAAAUGAAGAAGUACAGGGGCGACCGCUUAUUUUGUACGCUGCAGAUUAUGGACAAGCAGAUGUUAUAGAAUAUCUGAUUUCAGCUGGAGCCGAUGUUAAUACUAAAGAUAAAUUUGGUAUAACAGCCAUCCUGGCGGCGAUAUGGGAAGGUCACAAGGAUUGCGUCAAGCUGCUGUUAGACAAAGGAGCUAGGAAAGACGGUGUUGCUCCUGAUGGAAAGACUUAUAUGGAAUCGACAGAAAACAGUGAAAUCCGACAACUGUUGUCAACUUAAAACGCUCCCAAAUUUUUUCAAACAUGACAAAUAAUUCAGUAGAUCAGUUAUUUUUUUAAUUUAUUACCUAGUCUAGUGAGUUGAAUAGGUUAUUUGCAGUUGAAAAUUAUCCAGACAAGCAGAAAACAACAAAUCAUUGUUUGCAACAGAUUUUUUGCAUUAUUUUUAAAUUAAAGCUAUAGGUUUAUCACUAGAUCUAUUACAAAAUUUUUUAAUAUUUGGAUUUUUCCCUAAGAGAAUGUUCUAGCUGCACACAAUUUAUUAUCAGGAUUGAGAUUAUGCUUCAUUGUAUAUGUAUUUAUGACUGGCAUCAAGAUAUUUCCUCAAUAAUAUUUUUAAAAUGUGAAUUUAAAAGUCAUCAAUUUUAUAUGGAAAAUAAUACAUAAUUUUAAAAAAUAUGAUUUCCUACAACCUAUGCUUGAUACUUGACAUUUUGUUCUUUGAAUUGGUGGUUCUUGUCUGUUCUUGUUAAAAAUUGACUCUUUGGUCAAAAAUAGCUUUUCUUAGCCCAAUUUUGUGAAAAUGGAUUUUUCGAUGUUGAAUUUGGUCUAGUAUGUUCAUAAAAUAGCUUUUUCUUGGUGUAAUUUGGUCAAAAAGUGGCUUAACUUAACCUAGAAAUAGUUAAAGUCUAUUACGGUUAUAAAAAUACUAUAAUCUAGUCGAAAAAUGGCGUUUCCUAGUUUAAUUUGCUCAAAAAUAGACUUUCUCUGGGUUUAAUUUGGCUCAAGAAUGGGUAAUAAUUGGUUUUUUUUAUCAAAAAAUGCCUCUUCAAAUCUAAUUUGGCUCAAAAAUUGUUAAAAAUUGGCAUUAUGGGCUUAACUUUGCCUAAAAAUGGCUUUUCCUAAUUUGGCCCAAAAUUAGCUGUUCUGGUCCAAGAAUGCCUCUUUAAGUCUAAUUUGGUAAAAAAUAAGCUUUUCCUAUUGUAAUUUGGUUUGAAAUCAUAUUUACGUCCAAAUAGGUUUAAAAAUAGACAAAAAGUGGCUUUUCUCUAUCUAAUUUGGUCAAGAGGUGACAUUUUUAAUUCUAAUUGGUCAAAAAUUAGCUGUUUCAAAGUCUUUAGUUGCAGACCACUUAGAGAAAGAGCAGAUUUUUCUGUAUAAUACCAAACCUCAAAUGUACCAUGUACCUGUGUUGGUUGUAGGGUAUUAUUUAAUCAAUCUCGAUGCCUUUCAUCUAUUUUUUUGCACGUUCCAGCGGUUAUUUUCUAGUUUUUGGAUUCUACAUGUAUUUAGAACAUAGAUAAACGAUGUAUGUUUGUCCAAAAUUUUUAAGACGCACAAAUGUCCGGAAUACUUGUGCCAAUCGAAUAAGUAGGAAUCUGGAAUUCGAAUUAUGUACAUUCCUGCCUCGUCUUUUCUAAAUUUUAUCAUAGGUAAAAUUGUAUAUACUACUGCACAAAGUAUUUGGUCUUCCAAAGUUUGAUUAUCGAUCAAAUUAGACUCAUCUAUGUAUUCACAACACCUUCCUUAGCUUAGUAAUUUUUCAAUUGUUGUCUUCUGCCAUUCCUCAAGGCUUCCUACAUUUUCGUACCCGCAUAUCAUCUUAGUCGAAAGACUAUGGAGGUCGGGUCACUUUUUUUAACACCUGGUGUUUAUUUGGGAUCAUUGAAUCCCUAAAAUAUGAAUCCUUAACCUAAUUAAGUUUCUAGAGGCUAUCUGCCCUCAAAAUUAUCUUGGAAACUGGUAAUUAAUGUGGAAUAUUUGAUAGGAUCAACUUUAGGUUUAGUUUCUAAGUCUAAAAUGGUCAAAAAGUGCAUUAUUUAAGACUAAUUUGGUGAAAAAUUGGUUUUUGUCCUUCUAAUUUAGUUAAUUUAUUUUUUAUUUGAUCAAAAGAAGGCAUUUUCCUUUUUCUUUCUGAAUUUAUCAAAAACUGACCACUUCUCAGUCUAAUAUCGCCAAAAAAUGCAUUUUCUAAGUCUCAUUUGGUGAAAAAUUGGCUUUUAACAUUCUAAUUUGGUUGAAAAAUGAAUUUUCUACAUCCAAAUUCGUCAAAAAUUGGCUUUAAAAUUUGUUAUUUGGUCAAAACAUACUUCCUACAGUAAAGAACAUUUGCUCACUGACUUAUCAAUGCGAAUUCUGAAGCUAAUCAGGUCCCAAGGGGCCAAAUACAGUCCACAUUUUAUGUGGCAAUAUUUUACAUUUUCAUAAUUUUUCUUUUUAUUUGUGAAUUAACGACCAAAUACAUCUGAGACCAUCGACAAGACAAUAAAAUUGUUUUUAAUUAAAAUAUAAUCAAAAAGGAGCCAAAUACUUUUGCGCAACACUGUAUAUUUGUUAAUAAAAAAUUAUACCUAAAAUUUAUAUUACUUACCAUGGGUUUCAUUAAUUUUAAAACUGGUUUUGAAGAUUUUUAUGUAAAUUGUAUGACUCGUACAUAAAUUUUCACUUUACUUAUUUUUUUGUUCCAAAUUUUAUUUUCUUGUGAAGACGAGGAACAGAAACGUGUCAUUCAAAAUCUUAAAUAUUGCUUAGUAUAUUAUAUACAUGUUUUAGUUUGUUCUUUGCAGUUAUAAUUUAAAAACAAGCUACGUUCUUUUUUUGCACAGGAUCCUAAAUCGUGAGAUUUUCGUGUACUCUGAAACCACAUUUUGCACGGUGAUGUAUGUUGUUUCUCAUAAAAGAAUGCAUAUUCCAUAGAUCUAGCGUGAUGUCAGGUAUCGAUCUGAACUGUUACGCUGUUCUAGUGUCCUACAAAGAACAAACUUAACAUAAAUUGCUAGACUGCUUAAUUAUUUUUUGGUUGAUCAGUAGAUUUAAAAAUGUAAUAUUUAUUUUAUUAAAAAUCUUUUUGUAUGAAGAGAAA